UCGCCGUCUAUGACGCUUGUCGCGCCCGCACGCCCCGAUAACCUCAUCCCUGCGCACGAGCUUGUGCACGCGGAUGACGGUCGCCCGCUCUUGGGUGCAACCAAGAUCGAUCAGCUCAUGCUCGUGAUCCAGGCGCGCACCGCGGGUGUCAGCAAGCCCAUCCCGCGUGCGCCUGAUGGCUCCAUCCUCGACGACGGCAGCAUCGUGCCCGCGCCCGAGCAGCUUGUCGGCGGCAUUGAGAAGCCCAAGCUGCGCGGCACCAAGGCACACCUGUGUCCCCACUGCGGUAAGACCUUCACGCAGCUGACCCAUUUGGAGGUGCAUAUCCGCUCGCACAUUGGCCUCAAGCCGUUCAGCUGCAACUUCUGCGGCAAGAAGUUCACCCAAGGGGGGAACCUCCGUACGCACUUGCGUCUCCACACGGGCGAAAAGCCGUUCAAGUGUGACCUUUGUGCGCGUGAGUUCUCGCGCAAAGGUAACCUCGCUGCGCACAAGUUGACCCACGAGAAGCAUCGGCCAUACGAGUGCAAGCUCGAGGGUUGUGACAAGCUGUUCACGCAGCUCGGGAACUUGAAAUCGCAUCAAAACCGGUUCCACUUGGAGAGCGUCAAGACGUUGACCGAUCGUCUCGCUGACUUGGGUCCGGACAUGGACAUGCUGCGCCUUCCGGAAGAUGAAAAGUACCUUCUCGAGUACUUCAAGGACUUGUACAAGAACUCCAACAGAGGGAUCAAGGGGCGUGGGAAGAAGAUCAGCGAU